UGGCCAGGAUUUCGCGAAAUGAUUGAAACUGCGAUAAAGCACAAUAAAUUUUGAGUCGAACUUCAUGAUUUUCUAUAAAAAUGAGAUUCUCGACUUUUGUCAGGGGCGCGAGAACGUGCCUCUUCAGUUUUGAGGGCUCGGUGCCCAGCGGCGCCGCUUACCGGCUCAGAAAAAUGGCGACCGAGGUCGAAAAAUCACAGUCAGCUGCUCCCGGCGGUGACACUAUCUUUGGAAAAAUACUUCGCAAAGAAAUUCCGUGCCAGUUUAUUUACGAGGAUGACAAGUGCGUGGCGUUCAACGACGUGAAUCCACAAGCGCCGAAGCAUUUUUUGGUUAUUCCUCGCAAGCCGAUAGAGCAACUGUCGAAAUCGGAGGAAUCCGAUUCAGGAUUGUUGGGGCAUUUGAUGUAUGUGGCGCAGAAAGUCGCGAAACAAGAGGGUUUGGAUAAUGGAUUUCGUUUGGUGAUAAAUGACGGUCGUGACGGUGCACAAUCGGUUUAUCAUUUGCACCUGCAUGUGUUGGGUGGUCGGCAGAUGGAAUGGCCGCCGGGUUAAAAACACCUGUUGAAUUUUUCGUACCGCCAUUUCGGACGCCAGAAUAAAUUAAACAAAAGAUAACCUUCAAAAAUAUGUCAAAACUUGAAUAAAUCGAAGAACAAUAAAAAAACCAUUAAAAAAAUAAAA